AUGAUCUAUGGAGAGCCGCUCGGCUCGUGGAGGUCUGGCAAGAACAAGUCAAUCACAACUGGCUGGGUCAACCUCGUCGACGAAAAGGACAUCCCCAGGUUGACUCCAUGGGAGUUUCAGCUGGCGCACAUCAUGCGCACGUCCAUGGCGAUGGAGUACGCCGCCAAGAAAAAGAAGGAAGUUCCUGACCUCAAUCUCUAUUACGAGAUGUGCCAGUCCCUGGCAGAUGCCAUUGGUCUGAUCAAGAAGCAGUACGCCUUCGAGUUUCCUCAGACUCCGAUGGAGGAGGUCCUCCCGCUUCAGGAUGCGCUGGCUCUGCAGACCCGAUUCCGCGAGGGCUCCGUGGCAGGGGCCAAGUUUGACCUGCUUUGGUACCUCCAGAACGGUGCUCACUUGCUUGCUGGCAGCGGGUUUGCCAAGAAGCACCGCACAACAGUCUUCAAGCCCUUCAAGAUCCAGGAAUUAAUGAUCGAUGCCAUCCUUCAGCCAGGACCACAGCUUGUCUUCGGCAUUGCGCCCCCCGGUACGGGGAAGACGGCUGUCGUGUCGCACAUCCUGAAUUUGUUCCCCGUGCACACGCUGGUUUUUUGCUGCCCGGCUCUUCCGGUUGUGCUCAGCGUGGGCCGCAUCUCCAACACGCUCGGUAUCCCUUAUGCCUUCUGUAAGGGGAGGCGGAUCACCCCCAGCUACUCGUGCGGCCGCGGCCUGGGUACGCAUGUUGACAUGCCAGCAGAGCCGAACAAGCCUGCGCAAACGGCAGUGGAGUGUCUGAGAUACAUGGUCGUCAAGCUCAACUUGGAGCGCAAGAAAAAGCGGCUGGCAGAGAAAAAGCGAAAGCGCAAUCUUCACGACUUGAAGCGCUUCCCACGUAUCUUCCUGAUGUGCGACUCCGCCAGUGCCUCCUGGGUUUUGAGGCAGCUCGAUCCGAACAGGACCAUCCUUGUGGUCGACGAGCCGCCCAUGGGUAGCGAUGUGUACCCAGAGAACCCUGAGGACAACCCGCUGGCCUGCGCCAUGAUGCAAGCCAUGAUGACGCCGAUGUACAAAACAAUACUCAUGUCGGCCACUCUUCCCAGACCCUCAGCCUUGCCGACGCUCGUCAAUAGUUUCCUCGAUCGCUUCCAUAUCCCUGCAGCCGAGAAGGAUUUGCACGUCAGGGAGUGCAUGAGCACAGAGCUUGACCGUGGAGCUGUGAUGUGUGGUCCAUCCGGGGCUGUGGCCUUCCCCCAUCAGAACGUCUCAGGCUUCGACGAGCUCAAGAAGCUAUGCCUGAGGCUGCCGGCAGACCCACUGGUGUUAAAAGCCUACACAGAACGAGCCCUCGCACGGGCCAUGGAGAAGGUGCAGCGGCUGAAAGCGCUUGUGGGCCAUGUCAAGGCGAUGGACAGCACUCCGGACCUCGAGGACUUGGCCCAACGAGCCUGGCCCGACAACUCCGGAUGCGGAACCACUUGUGGCUGCAGCUCAUCCCUCUCUGCCAGCGCCACCGCUGCCCCAGCGCCCUCCCCCGAGACGCCGCUGGCAGCCCUGAGUUGGCCAAGGACCAACCCAGUCAAGCAGCCCGAGAUCGUGACGGCAGAGGACUUCAUUGAGUCCCUUCGCGGCCGCAACCUCAAAGUCAUUCUUCAAGGUGAGCUCAUCUCCGAAUUUGUUGACCAUCCCAUUGUAUGGCCUUCUGUCAAUGCCAUGGCGGAGAGCUAUCGCCUUGCGCAGGAGAAUCCCGAACUAGGCAGCGCUGUGGGAUUUAGUGGCUACAGGAUGAGCAGGUUCCUUCACAUUUGCGAGUCUGCUGAUGACCUCGUCUUGCAGUCCCAGAUGCAGCGAGAGCUCGGGCGCCGGACAGGAACUUGCUUCCAGCGCUGCGUAGGCCAGGAUGCAUCGAACGCCAUGUGGUCCACGACCUAUGACAUUGACCAGAAGUUCGGCACAAACUACCACAAGCGCUUUCAGGACUUUUUGAAGCUUGCGCAGAGCAAGAAUUGGGUGCUCGGCGGUGCGAUGACUGACGUGAAAGGUGACCGCAGCUUGAAUCCCUCCCAGCAGGAGGACCCGGACCUCUUCGUCCGCGUUGCUGAGCGUAAGCCCAAUGGUGGCAUCGUCUUGCGGGGCUGCAAAGCUCAUCAGACUGGGAACCUCAACUCCCACUGGAUGAUCUUGAUGCCGGGCAGCAAAAUGGAUCCGGCCGACAAGGACUACGCAGUGUCCUGCGCGGUGCCUGUUGAUGCUCCAGGCAUCACCUACGUCUACGGGCGCCAGAGCUGCGACCUGCGUGCGAUGGAGCCGGGGGACAUUGACCAGGGAAACGCCAAGUUUGGUGGGCAGGAGACAAUGACGAUCUUUGAGGAUGUCUACGUGCCACCAGAGUACGUCUUCAUGGAUGGCGAGGUGGACUUCACCCAGAUCUUGGUGGAGCGCUUCACUGCCUACCACCGCCGCCGGGGCCUCGUCUACUAG